AUGUCGGAUUUAGAUAGCGAAUAUCCGAGAGCGGAAAGUGGUAGACCAUUUCGACAAGAAGAAAAUAAAGAAUUUGUUAAGCUAUUUAAUGAACAGAAAUUCAGACCUAGAACUGCUAUUUUAAAAGUCUGGUUUGAAUAUCCCAAAAACAUGUUCUCCCAACCCAUACCAGCUAAAAAUAAAAUCACUUUCACGAAUAAAGAAGGUAAUUCCUUGUAUGGUAAAUCUAUUCAGAAGGAUAUAACUACAUCGAGACAUCCAUGGAGUGAAGCGACUUUAAAAGCCAACUACGAUUCACACGUCAAAAGCUAUGAAAAAGUAAAUGAUAGUCAAUAUAUAGUUGAGAUAAAUGAAGAAGAAAAAGAAUUUAUUUCUCCUAAAUCUACACGACUAACACCUAGUCAUUUGGGAUCAUUCGUUUUAUCUCACAGUAAAAAAAUAAUGAAUAAUUUUAUUCGUGUGAUAGAUGGAUUUUAUAAGCCUGAAAUAUACUAUACGGAUACCGAUAGUUUAUACAUUUCGUCUAGCAAUUGGGAUAAAUUAAAUGAAGCUGGGUUGGUGUCCGAAAAUGAUUAUUGUAAAGGAAAGAAUGAUUACGGUGAUGGUGGAAUUAUAUUUGGUUUAUAUUUAGCGCCAAAAGAUAAAUACAAUAUCAUUCUAACUUCCGAUGGUGUUUUAAAAGAAAAGAAAACGUUUAAGGGUUACUCUAAAGAUAAGAUAUCCGUAGAAGAUUAUUUUCGAUUAGCUAGUGGACUCAAUGUAACGAAUGAUUUAAGAAACCUUGGGUAA